UCAUAUCUCUAUAUUUAAACACUGCAAAUUGUAGAAAUACAGAAAUCAUAGAAUCAUUCCAAAGGUUUAAAAACAAAAAAGAAAAAUGUUGAAGCAAACUUCUUUUGUUUUCUUUGUUCUUCUCAUUGGUUGCUACAUUAGAGUUAAUUGUGAGGAAUUAAAGCAUCUUACCAAUGAGGUUGAAGUGAAUGUGCCUGCAAAUCUGACUUGGGAACUUUAUAGGCACCUUGGGAUCUCAAAACUUGCUGCUCAACAGCUUAAACAUGUUAUUCAACGGAUUCAAGUUUUGAAAGGUGAUGGUGGGGUUGGAACUGUUCUUAAACUCACUUUUGUUCCAGGGAAUUCAAGUUAUACUGAGAUAUUCAAUGUGAUUGAUGACCAAAAGAGGGUGAAAGUGGCACAAACUUUAGAAGGUGGAUGCCUUGAGAUUGGUUGCUCGAUUCAACUGGUUCAGUUCGAUAUAAUAGAAAAAUCCCCGAGCAAAAGCAUCAUAAAAUCUGAUAUUUCAUAUGCUGUCAAGAAAGAAUUUCAAGCUAAGGAUCCAAAGCCUAAUAUUCAAUGCUUAGCAGCUGUUGCACAAGUUGCAAAGUAUUAUCUUGAGAGAGCAAAUUGGGCUUAAAAUGCCCUUCAUUAAAUUGGUGUUUUUGGGUUGAAUUUUGUAAUAAUAAAUUUAGCAAUUGACAUUUACAUUUUCUGUUAAUUUAACUAUUAUUCUUUUUUAAUUAAUUUUUUUUAAAAUGUAAAAUAGUUUUUCUUUAGUAAAAAUAUUAAUUUAUUAAUUAAAUUGACAUGACAACAUACGUGACUAUUCAUAUGCAUUUUAUACUUGACAUAUUACUAUUUGUCAAAUAAAUUAAAAGUCAAAACUUGAAAUUCAUAUAGGUAGAUUGUCAUACGAGUUGUUGUGU